GAGGAAGGAGGAACCAGACAGGGGUCUUUCUGAAGUGCCUUAUAGUUCAGUGAGUAGUUUGACCGGAGAUUCAUUCAGUUUGCUCAGACGACCUCGAACAAAUGGAGGAUUCGGAGAAUAUCACAGUGGCCAGAGAUAAAGAGGACACACAGGACGUACAUGACCAGGACUCCAUUGAGCCCCAGGAGACAAAAUGUACCGCAGCUGUCUCAGAGCCAGAAACUACAGGGGGCGGAGCUAAUGAAGAAAACAAAGAAGAUGAGGAGGAGACAAAAGCUAAAGCCAAUGAGAGUGAAGCAUGUGAGCAAGUGGGCGGAGUCACAGAGAAUGUCAACACAGUGAGGGAGAAAGAGACAGAAGUGACGAAAAAACCCAAGGAGGUCACAGAAGAUACAGUUAAAGAACCAAACAAGGAGGCGAGAGUUAAUGAGGAAGGAAAUGAGAGUAACAGUGAGUCUCUCGCAAAAGUAAAUGAUAUCAAUAAAGCUGAGGAGGAAGGAAAACUUGAGGAGAAGAACAAAGGAGACGAGAGGGCAAAUGACUCUGUAGGUCAAACUAAAAAGACAGAGGAGGUCACAGAUACAAAAGAGAUGAAACAAAAUAAAGAUCAUGUCCAGGACAAACAAAACAAUACUGGAAGGAAAAGCGCAACUACUUCUGCCCUUAGAGCUCCAACAAAGUCUUCAGUAUGUGCACGUGGGGCGCGCCCCUCUGCCAGAAGAGAUGCCAUGGCUAAGUUUCAGAAGGAGCAGACCCCAGGAGUUCGAAACUUUAAAGUUCAGCGGACGUCUAUAGGCAUGGCCGGCGGAGCAUCAAUUAAACAGAAAAUUCUCCAGUGGUGCAUAAACAAAACACAGGCAUAUGAGGGUGUCAACAUAGAAAACUUCUCUUCAUCUUGGAGUGAUGGCCUGGCAUUCUGUGCGCUCAUUCAUCGAUUCUUUCCAACCGCAUUUGACUUCUCCUCUCUUAAAGCUAGUGAACAUGAGAAAAACUUCACCCUGGCCUUCAGCACAGCAGAGUCUCUUGCUGACUGCUGCCCCCUUCUGGAAGUGUCAGAUAUGUUACUAAUGGGUAAACACCCAGACCCAAUGUGUGUUUUCACCUACGUGCAGUCCCUUUGUCAUCAUCUCUCAAAAAUAGACAAAGAGAGAAAAGAGAAGGAGAAAAAGAAAAAAGAAGAUCAAGAGGUGGCUCACGAACAAGGAGAUGAAGAGAAAGAUGAGAGCGAACAACAUGAGGAAAAUCAAUCUGAUUCUAGUACGAAGACAGAAAAGGAGACGGAUCAGAAUGAAAAUGUAAUAAAUGUAAAUGCUGAGGUUUAGAAGAAAGAGAAAAAUUUAUGACUGUGAGAAAAAGGAAAUAAGAAAAGAUAAUUUAAUAUCUUGGAUAUAUUUAGUCCAAAAUAAUUUAUUAUACGAUCUUAACAUCUUAGUAAAUAUAUGAAUUGAGAUUUUUAUUUGUGAAGUGUGAAUGAAAAAUUUAGUUUAUUCUGAAUAGUUUGGGUUUCACUUUUUUUUUACAAUAUACAGAUUUUCAUUCGUCUUAUAUGAAAUAAAUACUGCGAACACA